GUAAUUGAUUGAAGUGCACCCAACGCUUUCUUGCCUGGUCGAGUAAGUGACAACAUCGGAAAGCACUCAGUCCAGCAGCUCCUUUUCACCGUCGGCUUGUAUCACCUGGUUAUUUUCGUCGAGGGCAUCCUACAUACCUUCUAAUCUCGGCACUUCGCCGCCGUGCAGCCGGCAAGCAUCCAACAAUGGCAGCCAAGACGCCCGCCAAACCGCCGACUCUGACUAAGAGCACGAGCUCGGCCUCGUCGACGGGCAAGCAACAGAAGAGCAUCCUAGGCUUCUUCGCAAAAGCCUCUCCAGCCUCCGGUGCAGCUGCCGCGACCUCCUCAGCAGCAGCCACCGAGCCGGCCUCCUCGCCGUGCCUGAAGGAGACCUCGCGGGCCAAGACCAACUCUCUCCAGCUCAGCAACCGACCCGCCCGGACCAAGGGCCUCACAACACCAAUCCCUAGUAGCGAUGCGAUCGAGCCGUCCAGCUCACAGGAAAACCAACAUGAGGGUACACCUCGGGAGGAUGCCACGCCAAGGGCAAAGAUCCCGGCGAUAACAAAAACGCUUGUCGUAGGAAGCAGCCCCUCUCGUAAGGCGAAGAAGGCGGUCAACUAUGCCGAAUCAUCCGACGACGACGAUCAAGACGUGUUCGAAGCUCUCAAGGUUAGACGCAGCCGGCAUAGAUCGCGGGUAGCGGAGCCAGACGACGACGACUUCGAUGAGGGCAAAGCUGUGGAGGCUGAGGAGUACGAUGAAGACAUGGACGUGGACGACUUCAUUGUCUCUGACGACUCAGAUGACAAGCCAAAGAAGCGAAAACGCGCGACCAAGACUCCCACUGCUCGCAAGCGAUCACAGGUCUCGUCGCCAAACCCGAGUGCGACGCGCGCAGGCGAAGACGACGCCGAGGAUGACUUUGGUGGUGCUGAUAUGGACAACAUAAUGGCGGACAUGCCUGAGACCUCGACCGCUCAGCAGUGGCGAUAUGACCCCAAGAGCGUGGAACCGGUCAAAAUCAGAGCCGCUCAGGCUGCUAAGGCGAAAGCCGCUGGUGCCAAGCAGAAGGCGCACACCCGUGAGCCUGAAGAGCGGUACUCGUGGCUCGCGAACAUCCAUGAUAUCGACCGGAACCCCCCUGGUCAUCCAGAAUAUAAUCCGUCUACGGUGUACGUCCCUCCCAUGGCAUGGAACAAGUUCUCGCCGUUUGAGAAGCAGUACUGGGAGGUCAAGCAGAAGCUGUGGGACACUAUUGUAUUCUUCAAGAAGGGCAAAUUCUACGAGCUCUACGAGAACGAUGCAACUAUCGGCCACCAGCUCUUCGACCUCAAGCUCACUGACCGCGUCAACAUGCGCAUGGUCGGUGUUCCUGAGAGCUCGCUCGAGAUCUGGGUCAACCAGUUCAUUGCCAAGGGCUACAAGGUCGCUCGGGUCGAGCAGAUGGAGUCUGCUCUCGCCAAGGAGAUGAGAGAGCGUGACACCAAGAAGCAAGACAAGAUUGUCCGCCGCGAACUCGCGUGCAUUCUGACCGGUGGUACUCUGGUCGACGCUGGCAUGCUGCAGGAUGACAACGCGACUUAUUGCGUUGCCAUCAAGGAGUCGGUCGUGGACGACCACCCAAUUUUCGGUGUGUCAUUUGUCGACGCCGCGACUGGCCAAUUCUUCAUUUCUGAAUUCGAGGACGACGUGGACUUGACCAAGUUUGAGACAUUCGUCGCCCAGAUCAACCCCCGGGAGCUUGUGAUUGAGAAGAUGAAGCUGUCGACCAAGGCUCUGCGCAUCCUCAAGAACAACACGUCCCCGACAACCAUCUGGAACUACUUCAAGACGGGCAGCGAGUUCUGGGAGGCAGACAUGACCCGACGAGAGCUUGACUGCAGUGGAUACUUUGCCAACAAAGAAGACCCAGAUGCCGAGGAAGUUUGGCCGACGGUUCUGGCGGAGGCCAGGGACAAGGACGUGCUGAUGUCAUCGCUUGGGGCACUGGUGCAGUAUCUGCGCGUGUUGAAGAUUGAACAGAGCCUUCUGUCGCAGGGCAACUUCAACGUGUAUAGCCCGAUCCACCGGAACGGCACACUGAUCCUAGACGGCCAGACCCUCAUCAACCUGGAGAUCUUCUCCAACACUGUCAACGGUGGCGCCGAGGGCACAUUGUUCAACCUGCUCAAUCGAUGUGUCACUCCGUUUGGCAAGCGGCUUUUCAAGUCAUGGGUCUGCCACCCGCUGUGCGACAUCGGCAAGAUCAACGAAAGACUUGACGCGGUCGACAUGCUCAACGCGGAUAGGACCUUGCGAGAGCAGUUCUCGGCUCAACUGACUAAGAUGCCAGAUCUUGAGCGGCUAAUCUCCCGGGUUCAUGCUGGCGCCUGCCGCCCUGCGGACUUUGUCAAGGUCCUGGAAGGUUUCGAGCAGAUUGAGUAUACUAUGACUCUGCUCGGGGCCUUCACUGGCGGCAAGGGCAUCAUUGAUCGGCUUGUGUCGUCCAUGCCUGACUUGUCGGAACCGCUGGCUUUCUGGAAGACUGCGUUUGACCGCAAACGUGCUCGCGAAGACAAGAUCUUGAUUCCUGCCAAGGGCAUCGAGGAAGAAUUUGAUGAGAGUCACGAUCGGAUCGAGGAGAUCAAGGACGAGCUAAACCAGCUGCUUGAGAAGAAGAAGGCUGAGCUCAAGGCUCGGACCCUCAAGUUCACCGAUGUCGGCAAGGAGAUUUAUCAAAUUGAGGCGCCCAAGGCAGUCAAGGUGCCCAAGGACUGGCAGCAGAUGUCUGCCACGAGCAGCGUCAAGCGAUACUAUUUCAAGGAGCUUACGACCCUGGUCCGCCAGCUCCAAGAAGCGGAGGAAACCCACUCGCAGCUGAUCCGUGACGUUGCGCUGCGCCUCUUUAAGCGCUUCGACGUAGACCACGACUCCUGGAUCCAGGCUAUUCGCAUUGUUGCGCAGCUCGACUGCCUCGUCAGCUUGGCGCGCUCGUCAUCUUCGCUGGGUGAACCCAGCUGCAGACCGGUUUUCGUGGACGAGGAACGUACUGUCGUGGAGUUUGAGGAGCUGCGGCACCCGUGCAUGAUUAGCUCAGUAGACGAUUUCAUCCCUAACGAUGUUGUGCUUGGAGGCAACUCUGCCAAGAUCAGCCUCUUGACUGGUGCCAACGCGGCCGGCAAGUCGACAAUUCUGCGCAUGUCCUGUAUCGCGGUCAUCAUGGCACAGAUUGGCUGCUAUGUGCCAGCAACCUCGGCGCGCCUCACGCCCUGCGACCGCAUCAUGUCGAGACUUGGCGCCAACGACAACAUUUUUGCCGCUCAGUCGACCUUCUUCGUCGAGCUUUCAGAGACAAAGAAGAUUCUGUCAGAGGCUACGCCACGCUCACUGGUCAUUCUGGACGAGCUGGGCCGUGGCACCUCUAGUUACGACGGCGUUGCUGUGGCACAAGCCGUCCUUCAUCACGUUGCAACUCACAUUGGCUGCGUCGGCUUCUUCGCGACACACUACCACUCUCUGGCAACGGAGUUUGAGAAUCAUCCUGAGAUCCGUGCGAAGCGCAUGCAGAUCGACGUGGACGAUGCCGAGCGGCGGGUCACAUUCCUGUACAAGCUCGAAGAUGGCGUGGCUGAGGGCAGUUUCGGUAUGCACUGCGCUGCCAUGUGUGGAAUCGCUGAUCGUAUCAUUGAGCGCGCCGAGGUCGCCGCGCGGGACUGGGAACACACGAGCAGACUCAAGGAGAGCCUGGACAAGGCCAAGCAGGGCUGCUACAUCCCACUGGGCGUGCUGAGCGACGUGGCUGCCCUGCUUGACGAUGCCAAGGGCGACGACAUGACCCUGAAGGGCAUGGACGUGCUGAUGCGUGCGAUCGAGGCUCUGUAGAGGGGUCAUCUCGUGGGAAGUUCAAAGUGUUAUAAUGAUUGGGAGUUUAAGCGUGUAUGUUUGUCUGGGACUUUUUGGGGCCAUGGAACGCAUGUUUGCUUGUCGGAAGAUAUGGCGUCACGGAUUUACCUUGCAGAAACAGACAGCACGAAAAGGAGGAAAUGGACAUGAUACUACCACUACUACUAGAGCUUUUGGAGCACGACAGAGAGCUAUUCGCGUUGCAGGCACAGACAGGGCAGCUGGGUGAUGGUGAUGGUUCGUGAC